GGACUGAGAAGUGCCCUAUGCUGAUCAUCACCGCUCGGCUACUCCCCCUCUUAACUGUACCCUUCACCCACCAGAGGAUUCUAAGGACAGUUGGCAGUGUUGCCUACAGGGGACUGAGAACCAUGGAGCCCCUCAGGGCCCCUCAGGAUCCACAAGUUAACACCACCCUGUCUGGGGUAGACACCAAGCCUCAGCCCCCUACUUCUGGAGCCCCAAUGGAGGGCUUGAACCCAACUCCAGCUGCCUCAACACCUGACCAGGAGAUGCCCCCGACAACGGGGUUGUUGCCAGGGGAGACAGUUGUCAGGGAGGGCAAGGCGGCCAUAUUGUUUCCCAGUGCCAACGAGGUGUUUUACAACCCUGUGCAGGAGUUCAACAGAGAUCUGACGUGUGCGGUGGUUACAGAGUUUGCCCGGGAGCAGAUGUCCCGGAGGGGGGUGAAGGUGGUAGUGCCAGGGGAGAAGAGGGUGGUGGUCAAUCUAGCUGACGAGGAGAAAGAGGAGACAGAGAUGCAGACAGGGGAGAAAGGAGGAGAGGAGCCAGUCGUAACUGCUUCAGUGGGGGAGCGCUGUCAG